AAUGCGUGUGGUUCAAUGUAGACGCCGGUGCCAAAGUCUAACAGCCCAUUCUGCGGUUUCUUAUUUUUAUUUUCAAAGAUAAUCAUGGCAAUUUCAAUAAAAAAACAUUGAGUGCUACGAUAUAUUUUAAAAACGAGGCCUACACAACGUUUUGUCUACAACUUGAAAGCUUUGUCUGGUGUUGUUACAAUGACGACUCAUCGAAAUACAGCACUAGACCCGCGUCACUUCGUAAUAAUCAAACCGCUUCCGAUUCUUAAACCGUCGGGAGAAAUGCGCCAGGCCCGGAGCAGAACGGUGUGGUCCGCCUGUCAGCCGAACAGGGAGCAGGUGUUCUGGGAUAACUAUCACCGACGACAGUGGCAGCUGAGCCGGCAGGGCUAUAGAGCAGCCCCCUGGAGACCCUAUGAGGAGGUCGGACAACCGCUCUACCUUGAAACCAAGAGACUCAUACUAGAAUCACUGGGACAACCUGUGGAAGAGGCUUCAAAGGCUGAUCUCUUACCAGAAGAGGAUGUGCCUGUUUGCACCACUCCAUCAGAUUCCCCAGGAGCAAACAAGAGCUUGCCAUUUCGUUGCCCCCAGGCAGGGAAGAGAGAGGAUGCAGUAUCUCUUAGGAAGCAUCUGGGCCAUACCAGCCGUUUGGUGUCAGCUGUCAGACAGGGCCGGGGUUACUUCCACCUCCUCCAGAAGAAGGAGAAGGAACAGGAGGAGGCGCAGCAGAGGGAGCAGAAGAGGAAAGAGGAGUGGCAGCGUGUCCAGCCCCGACCUCCCUGCUCAGAGUCUGACUCUGACAGCGACCCAGGGAGGAAGAAGGCCCAGUCAGCUCGACCUUUCACCCCCAUCCACCGCUCCCUGACUUCCCCUCAGGCCUCUGAGCCAACACAAGGGCCCAUAUUCCGCCAGCUGUGCUGUCUGAACUGGUUGCUGGAGGCCCUGACUCUGGACAGGACCGGGAGAGCUGGACCAGUCACGUCCUGCUGGGAUCUCAAGGACCCUGGCCAAGGAAAAACCACCCUAAAGACCCUGAAUAAAGAGAGAGCCAUAGAGACCAAAUGGGACCAGUUUGUGUCUCUGCAAAAGCCACGUAGAACAGGCUCCAGGCCCUCCCGCUCCUCCUCUGGUCGUCUGUACCUGUUGAAGGGGUCCUCCCUGAGCGUAGCCUCCUCCUCAGCCCUCACCACCCCUACCCUUCUGGGCAGCCUGUCCUCCCUGGGCCCUGGGAUAGACGACACUGGAGCUACAUUAACUGGAGCUAUAGUGACUGGAGCCAGCCAGGAUAGUGCGGAGCAACCAGGAGCAGGAGGGGACUCCGAGACAGAGCUGCCCAUGUCAGAGUACCUUCAGAAGCUGCUGGAUGAAGUCCACCAGAGUGUCACCAAAGACUUCGGUGAUCCAGAGCAGAUUCAUGGCGACGGCACUUUGACUGCCGGAUACCGGCCACCUACCCAACCCACCCCUCAGAGAGGGGACAACACAACACGCCCCAAGACCAAAGACACAUCAAGACCCAAAAGUUGUCCUGCCAAGCCUCUGUCAGCCACCAGUGAGUUGAUCAGCAGUAAGAGGUCCAUGCUGUGGGAUAUGAGGACAGCCUAUGAGGAGAGAGCAGAGGAUCUUGCCCAGAUCUUCAGUGACAGUCUGGACCACAAUGCCAGGAAGAGGCUAGAGAGUGGCAUCCAGAGGUUCCAAGCCCUGUGUCAUGUGACCCACUCUCACCUCAUCCCUCGUCAUGUGACCCCACGGGUCACCGGCAUGAAACCCCCAGAGACAGACUGCAGCAACAACAACAUGUGGCUGUCCUCUCUACUGAGCAAUCUCCCUCCAGAGGUGUCUCAGGACAGAGGGGUGAGCCGAGUUCUGGAGAAACUCAGCCGCUUCGCAGAUGAGCGGACCCCCAAGGUGCGACCCCAUGUCUUCCUGAAGAUGUUGGGGGGUCUACAGCCCUGGGAGCUCUGCCUACCUGACCUCUGUGUUGCCAUUGAGAUAGCCAGGGAGCAUGUUGUCCAGAUGUCCAGAGAAGACUAUGACUCGUGGCUCCUCUCCAGGGUCACUCUUCCACAGCAGCAGGACCACUAACCCAAACACAUGCAACUCCAAUCCAGAGUCUUCCUCCUUUAUAUCCACUGUGGGAAGACGGGCUCACAUUUCACAUCCACUUGUUCUCCGUUUCCCUUUUGUUUACGUUUCAAACCUACUUAAAUCAUGUCUCCCAUGGGAGGAUAAGCUUCACUGAGCCAUCAAAUACCUCCCUGUCCUUGUGCCGUCCCCUUAUCCCUUUCUCCCUCCCUCCGCCAGUCCACUCCUCCUCCGUUCUCUUCCAUUCCCACACCAACCUUUCCCUCCCCGUCCUCCUACCAUCCUCUUAUCCCCCCAUCUCUCCAGUUCCCAUCACAUCCACCGCCCUUUCCUCCCCACAAACAUCCCAAACAACAAUAAUAGAUAGCGUGUUGUCUGUUGUUGAAAUCAGCCCAGUGCCACGCCCAUACAGGCUCUGCUCCAGCCUUACCCCAGCCCCGGCCUUGUCUGAUGGAUAGCCCUUUUUUAUUGGGGAAAUAAAGAGCCUGACCCAAUGCUCUUUGCCUCCUGUUAGAUAAAGAUAAUGAACUCUGCCUGGAAACAAUUGUUUGUGAAGACUUUGAGCAGACUAGGUUAAGAGUUACUGUGAAUGCAGUGUUUCAACAGCUGUCUGUAGAGGAUUUCACAAAAUCAUGAAUGUGAUCAUUAAAACAAUAAUGAUUAAAAGGUUACAAUUAUGUGAUUCUGUCUGUGGCGCUAUAUGUCAUUCAUCUGUAGAAAUAUGACUAAAUGCUGCGAU